AUUUACCAAGGGGAGGCCAAUAGUACACAUGAUGGGAGGGUGAGACAUUUGGAGACAUCAAAAGGGUCCCUCUCUCACUUAUUAGCUAAAUGAGACAAAAGGAACCCAUCCCCCUCCUUCCUCAUCAUUGUACUUGGCCAAGACAUCAAGGAGGAGCAAGAGAGAUCUCUCAAACCAGCCUCCAUUGUUGCAGCACGAGCUCAAGGAGAAGGUGGUCCAAAAGAGAGGAUUUAAGAAGGAAAAAGUGAGGAAAAGCUUGGAUAGUUAAGGCACUUGUAAAGGGUAUUUCAAGUGAUUUCACAAAGUUGGAAAAGUCGCCGGAAUUGUCGCCGGAGUUUCACCGGAGUUCAACCAAGAAGGGUAGGACUUCUUAACGCUAGUUCAAGGUUGAAGCUAGAGCUUGCUACUUGCACCUUCUCACGGGUGAUAUCACUUCAGGAAGACGUGAAAUGGAGGGCAGGCGAAUGACAACCAGGAACAAUCCGAGGGGGCAGGCGCCGGUAGCAUCCAAAAGGGGAAGCCGGGCUGCAUCUCGGGGUUCAAGAGGAGGCCGUGGGGGCCGUGGAAGCCGUGGAGGUCAUAGGGCUCAAACUGUGAGCGACGGCCAUGUUAGUUCGGUGUAUGAAACCAACACCGAAGACUACGACUCUACAUAUGUUCCGGAAACGGAGCAUGAGGAGACCCCAUAUGAUGGGGGUGACACAUACACCGAUGAUGAUGAUGAAGAGAGUGAUGCUAAGUUCGCCCAAAUGGGCGAAUUGUUUGAGUGGUAUCAAAAAGAAAAACUGAGGAGAGACCUUAGGUGCCAAGCAAGGCGUGGCUCUUGCGGUGGUUCGGGUCAAGGAAGCCGGGGAGCUUCAAGGGCCACUCCUGCGGCGUCACAUGACGGGCGUGAAGGAGGUUUUUGUGUGAGAAUCUCCAAGUACCUCAAGGAGGCUAGGGCCUUGGGGUGUAAGUCCUUUGACGGCACCGGUGACAUUACCGUUGCCGCCGAUUGGAUAACGAAGGUGAAGGAUGCGGCAAAGGACAUGCAAAUUUCACCGGACGUGAAGUUGACUGUUGCUUCACGGCUGCUUGAGGGGAUAGCUUCCACGUGGUGGAAGAGUGUAGAAGGAAAAUACCAUGGGGAGGUCUCGUGGUUGAAUUUUGAGCGGGAAUUUUAUGACCAAUACUACACUGACUACGAGAAAAAUGUCAAGCGUAGGGAGUACACCAACCUCAAACAGAAGGAGGGUGUUUCUGUUAAACAGUUGGAGCAAGAUUUUAGAACCUUGACUAGGUUCUUGCCGGAGUACGCGAUUAAUGAGGACCGCAUGUCGGAGCAUUUUUGGGAUGUCUUACUCUUGGACAUCCGUGAUCGGGCUACGUACUCGCGCCACAUGACCUUUAGCGAGGUGGUGGAGCAGGGCCUUCUUGGGGAGGCUCAAUGGAAUGAGAGAAAAGAAAGAGACGCCGAGGAGGCAAAGAAGAGAGAAUGGCAUAAUUCGGGGCCGCUCGAGCAAGCACGGAAGAAUAACCACGGUGGGGGUGGUGGUACGUUCAAGGCGCCGGCACCACCGGCGAAGAAGAACAAGGAUGCUCGGUGGCACGCAUCCUCCUCUCAAAAUAUGGGGCCUCCUAAGUGUGCCAACUGUUUAAAGAAUCACUUCGGGAAGUGCAACGCACCCCCGAGGUGUUAUCGAUGUGGGAACACGGGCCACAUGAAGGCCAAUUGCCCACAAUCGGGGGGAGAAGGAGCUCCGGGAUCCGGAGGAGGAGCCAUGACGGGAAGAAACCGUGCGGGCCCGUCAAACGGCGGUACGGGAAGAGGCGGCGCGUCCACAAGUCAUGCCGCGUCCGUAAAUCAAGGCGGGACCCAAGCACGGGUGUACGCAAUGACCGAGGCGGAUGCGCGAGCAAACCCGGACUCCGUUGCAGGUUGAAGCUAGAGCUUGCUACUUGCACCUUCUCACGGGUGAUAUCACUUCAGGAAGACGUGGUUCGUGCUUCCUUAUUUUCUUUCAAACUACCGAACACUUGCUCAUGGAUAUUUGUUCAACUAUAAACUAUGUUUGGGGCUUGCAUGCCCAUGUUGUUGGCCGGUUGUGGCUUAUGACUUACCGUUGAAUAAUUCCGCUAUUCAUUGGUUUAAAUGUGAUGUUGUUAUGUAUGUUUACUACUGAGUAUGGAUGGAUUAUUUUCUCGAACGCCUUGUGUAAUUAAGUGAGGUUGACUCGUGGGUGACGUCUCUUAAUUAUACGGCGGUUGUACACGCG